UGACUCGAGUGAGACCAUCACAAGACUUCCUAUGAGUUUCACAACUUGGUGAGCUGCACUUUCUAACCAAGAUUCAGACGAGCUGCCACGAAAUGCAUUUCCAGAUCAUAUUGCUAUGCGUGUGCUUUAUGUGUUUUGCCUGCUCGAAUGCCAUACAAUGUGACUCCUGUGGCAAGGAGUGUGCGAAUGCCUGUGGCACCAAGCAUUUCCGAACCUGCUGCUUUAACUACCUACGCAAACGCAGCGAUCCCGACGCACUGCGUCUCAGCUCGAAUAAACGACUUAUUGACUUCAUAUUGCUGCAAGGACGUGCGCUCUUCACGCAGGAGCUGCGUGAACGCCGCAACAAUGGCACCCUCAUUGACCUGGACAUGAGCACCUACUAUGGCUGAAAGAAACGGUAUCUUCCCAUCCGACUCCACGAUAACGGCACAGAAUGAGAACAACAAUGGACAUGUUUGAAGUGUUAAUUUUUCAAUAAAAAGGCGUAAAACUCUUUG